AACCAGUAGCCACCAAUUAAUCCAAACACAAACCAACACCAACACCAACACGCUGAGAGAGACGAAACAAAGCAAAUAGAUUUAAGGUUUUCAGUCAGUUUUUAGGAGGGAAACUCCCAAAACCCAUUGAUUCUUCAACCCAAAGUUUUUCAUAACCUAAAGACCAAUAUUCAUUCCCUUCAAGCAUUUGUGGAGAGAGAAAGAGAAAGAAAAACCAGAGAGAGAGAGAGAGAGAAUGUUUGCAGCAGAAAAUGGACUGAAAGGAGACCCAAGGCUCCAAGCCAUAUCAGAGGCCAUCAGGGUUGUGCCUCACUUUCCAAAACCAGGAAUAAUGUUUCAAGACAUAACAACGUUGUUGCUUGAUCACAAGACCUUCAAGCAUGUUGUCGACAUUUUUGUUGAUCGCUACAGAGACAUGGACAUCUCUGUUGUUGCCGGAGUGGAAGCCAGAGGGUUCAUGUUUGGUCCUUCAAUUGCUUUAGCAAUUGGUGCCAAGUUUGUCCCUUUACGUAAACCUAGGAAGUUGCCGGGAGAAGUAAUUUCAGAAGCGUAUGAGCUUGAGUACGGAACUGAUUGCCUGGAAAUGCACGUUGGUGCUGUUCAGCCCGGUGAACGUGCAUUGGUAAUUGAUGAUCUGAUAGCUACCGGUGGGACCUUGUCAGCAGCAAUAAGACUUUUAGAACGUGUUGGGGCUGAAGUGGUAGAAUGUGGAUGCGUUAUUGGGUUGCCUGAGGUUAAGGGACAGUGCAGGCUUAAUGGAAAGCCACUCUACAUCCUUGUGGAGCCACGCGAGUUAGAUAACGAGGUAGUGCUGAUCUGUUCGAGUUCUGCUUGGGCUGACUGCAGAAACAACGGCGCUUCACUUGAGCAAAUGGCCGUGAAUGUUUAGAGCGACCGAGUUCCGGUGCUCAAUGCUCGUCAUUCCCUCGUCCGCGUCUCGUGUGGAUUGGUAUGUAACAUUAGCCAUUUCGAACAAAAUUCAUGGACGAAUGUUAUUUUCGAGAGAUCGAUUUAUUCUUAAAACAGGAAAACCUUCAACGCCGCAUUAUGGCAAAUUAUUCAAUUUAAAUCUCUGAUGCUCAUUUCUUUUG